AUGAUAAUGCUCAUAAAACAGUGCAACCAGCAUGUGCUAUGUUGGUGUGCACUGCAAUACUGCAGCGCACAGGCAAAUAAUGAUCUAAAAAUUAUUUUUUUAGCCCCUAUGACACUUUUGGAUUUGUACGAAAAAUUGAGACUUUUGGAAAUGCAUCUGGACAAAGCAGUUUUAAAAAAGAAGCUGUUAGUCGAGGAGUCACACUACAAGCGAAUAAAAUGCACGAAAAGACUCAGAUUAUUUGUUAAUUUCGAACUUUUCGAGGAUUCGUUUCUGCUCAAGAUUGAUGGGAGAGUGAUCAACGAUUUUACAAACACGACAGAACUGCGAAUGUCCGAUGUGCUGAAGAACGUAUGUGUAAAGCUUGAUUUUGGAGACAAAGAGGAGGACACUGCGAAGAGAAUCAAAAGGAGCGAUGGCUGUUCAGAGCUGCACGAAAAAGUUUUAAGAAAGUGCUAUGAGUGGUCAAAAACUAAAAACGAUGUGAUAGACUGCUUUGAGCUUAAUUUGGAAGACAUGCCAGAAAAAGUUACCGUAUUGCUCGAAUUUGAGAAUACCUUUGAUCGCUAUAAGCUUGCAGCGCCGGUGCGCAAACUAUUUAACAAAGAAACAGAGACCAAAACUGGUUUGCUAAUUGAUUUGUGGAAGUAUAUACGGUUGAACAGGUUGAUCACCGAAACAAGUGAUUUUAUUGUGACCUGCGACGAGAAGCUGAGGGAAAUAUUUGACUGCGAUCAUUUCAAGAUCUUGGACAUGCCCAGGUUGGUUUCUGCUUUGCUACUGCCGCUUGACCCACUUAUAUUUGAAAUACCAGCACAGAAUAAUUAUACAAGCAAUUUUGACGUUCCGAUCGAUGUUGAUGAUUUCUACGAGUUUCCGGUCAUGUACUCGAACAAUGUUAUAUUUCAACUGGAUCAGAAGAUUGCGGGCCUAUUCGACACUUUAAAACGGGCUAACACGAAAUGCGAGGUGCUGAAGAAAUUUUCUGCUAAUCCGAAUUCGUUUAUAAACGACUGGAUCAUUAGGCAGGGCCAUCUGCUCAAGGGAUCAAAAUUUGAUGCCAAUAAUAAAACAUUCUAUGACCCGAUGAUACAGGAGACAAUAUUCAAUAUGUUGCAAAGCUACAAAUAAAGAUUAAGUAUGUGAGUUUGUACUUUAAUUUGGUGUACUCUGGGUCGCAUCAAAGCGCUGUCGAAUACUAGGCUUAAAUUUUUUUUGAAGAUUUGUCUACUGCCACUUCACAAAUGCAAAAUAUCUUGGUGCUUCGCACGGUCUCUGUAUGUUGAAGACAUGUUUACGUCACGAGAAGCCCUCAGCACGCUGCUUCCAGAAGAAGAGCGCUUUCACAAUUCUCAGCCGUAAAAAGCAACAAUUUUGUGCCAUAUUGCCAUUAGCUUUGUUAUCGCUCCCAGCAAUGCAGAGCGAUCGCAUUGCCAGAGUAUAACGCGACUUUACACACUGUGGAAAACCUCGUUGAUCCGACGCAUACACACGCAGAGCGACUAUACCUGAUAGUUCACGGCUCAAAGCAAUGUUAUGCACCAAAUUUAAAAGUUGUACACGGAGUGGUAGUAUGUGCUGAUUUAUGUGUACAGAAGCAGCAAUAAAGAACAUGUAUCUCAAAUAAAUUCUUCCU